AUGACUUACGAGCUCUACAACUACGAUCCGUCACCUAGUGCUGCUAUCGCCUUUGCAGUCUUCUUUGGCCUCUCAGCAGCAUUUCACAUCUGGCAGGUGAUUCAAAAACGAAGCUGGUUCUUUAUACCAUUUGUUAUUGGUGGAAUUUUCGAGACUGUUGGCUAUGCAGCAAGACAUUAUAGUGCAGAACAAACACCGGACUGGACAACCAUGUCUUACGUGAUUCAAGAGCUCUUUCUUUUGUUGGCUCCUUCCUUUUUCGCCGCAUCUAUUUACAUGAUUCUUGGCCGAAUUAUCCGCCUUUUAAACGCCGAUUCAAACUCCCUUAUUCGACCAAAUUGGCUCACGAAGAUAUUUGUGACCGGAGAUGUCUUGUCGUUUCUCAUGCAAAGCAGCGGAGGUGGCAUGCUCGCAACUGCCAAAUCAACAUCCAGCAUGAACCUAGGAGAAAAUAUAAUCGUGGGAGGCCUUUUCGUCCAGGUCGUUUCCUUCGGAUUCUUCAUCAUCAUUUCAAUAAUCUUUCAUCGCCGUAUGCUCGCUACUCCGCUGCAUUAUAUGGUCAAGACUCAAAUUCCUUGGACGCGUUAUAUGAUGGUUUUGUAUGCUGCGAGCGCGCUUAUUUUAAUUCGAUCGAUUUACCGAGUGGCCGAAUACAUUCAAGGCAGUACUGGGUACCUGCAGAGCAAAGAGGUAUUUGUUUACAUCUGCGAUGCGACUUUGAUGGUGAUUUGUUGUCUGUUGUUCAACGCAUUCCAUCCGAGCAAUAUUCUGUCAAAGUCGCCUGAUGUUGAGGAAAGAGAGGAUUUGGAGAUGAUGAAUCAAACUGGAUAUAGAAGUUACAGUGUUUAG